UUAUCACUCAUAAAAUUUUCAUCUUUACACAAUUUGAUACCUAAAAUUGUGGUAGUUUUUAUAAGCUCUAUUUACUUAAAUAUGGAGGCUGGCCAAGGAGAUGAAGACACCGACUUCCUUUUCGAUGUGGUCAAAAGUCUCGAUCUGUACAAACCGGUUAAGGAACCCGAAAAAUGCGAAGCGCAAGUCAAGUUUGCCGGCCUCAAUAUAAUUACACCGAGUCGGAUCAAUGUCAGCGACUUUGCGGACAACAGAAGGACGGAGUUUACCACCAGACCUUCGGUGCUGCGAAAGGCCCUUGAGGAACAGGGAAUGCAGAUAGUCGCCCGUUACGAGGGAUCAUCCCUGGGCAGUAAUGUGAUGCUCUUCCCGGACACCUUUAUCGACAAGAUAUGUUCCACGAUGAACGAUCUCUACUACGAGGAUACCAUACUUUUGAUGCGCCGAACCGACUGCGUUGGCACUUUGACCGUAUUCUUAGUUCUGAUAAUCAAGUGCACAGAUUUGGACAUAACUAGGGAGGAACCGCGCAGAUCGAGCUCACGUAGGAGUUCCAGGAAAUCCUCAGCUGUUGUAAUCCCGAAAAAGGUGCAGGAGAAAGUGGUAUGCACGGGACUGGGACCCACAUUCAAUCCCCAGGAUGUGAUGUUCAUUGUCGGUGAUCCCGAUCCCCUGCUGAAAAUCCCUUCUGAGCCUUGUCCUGAACUUCCUUCAGAGGAGGGUGAUAUCCGCCUGGAUCUAGACUUGCAGCGCUAUAGAAGCUUGGAUAAUCGCCGCGUAGUCUUCCCAGAUGACGAUCCCUGUCUCGAGGAGAAGCCCUCUUUUAGUCAGCUAAAGAAGCUAGCAGAUGACUACUCAAAGAUCAUUGGUUUGGUGACCGAUAAACUGAAGAGGAUGGAAGUGCCCAUCAGUUCGGCGGUGCCCACAGAGCCAACAUCGGAAAAGAAUGCUCCUACUCCAAUGGAUCACAAGGAAAUCCCCGAAGAGCGUUGGAUACCCGUUCCCCUGAGAAAUGAUACUGAAUAUGAUAUCAAACCCAUUCGCUUUUGUCCUGUUUGCCUGUAUUCCAUGUCCUGGCUGCCCAAAUAUAUACCCUGUCCCCGUUGCAACAUCAAACCACGUUCUGUGCUGGAGGAACUUCCCAAGAAACCGAUGACUGCGGAUGAGAUCUUGGAUGAGCUGCUGGUCAAACCAAAGCUAACUGAAGAUUACGAAGAGCUUUGCUCAAAAUCAUGCAAAAAACCUAUAUUGCGAGUCAAGAAAAUAAAGAAAAAGAAGAAUAAACCUGGGCUGGGUCAACCAGUUCCGGACUCUGAAUCCGAAUCCGACGUGGAGUGCCCUCCAUGCCGGUGUACUUGCACUUUGGGCACCUUUUGCGCCCAUUGUCGAAUUCGCAAAAUGUGCGAGGACAUCUUUAAAGUUGAGGAGAAAAAGGUGCCAGAGGAUGAGAACCAGUUGGUAAUACCCCAACCUGGUUUAAACGAGGAUUUCUGUGUGAUCCCCGAGCCCAUCAAUGAUCGUCCCUAUUUGACCAGAGUUUUAUCCGAGAUGAAGCAUCUGUACUCCCUGCACGACACGAAGAAACUGUUGGAGAUCGAGAAGCGAUGCGAAUCGCAGACGCUACUCCCGUAUCGCCCCUCCAAAUCCUCUCUAGCCUUUAGACAGUCCCAUAAUCUCUUGGAUCCGUACAUUCCAGGAGCCUAUCGACAGACGGCGGGUCACAAGAGCUGCCUGCCAAGGGAGCACACCGUUCCUCGUCGCCAUGGUUGGGAUUGGCCUCGAACCAGGGAGGCCAGGAAGUACGGCUGGAGGCCAGGAGCCAUCCUUCGAGCAGCUGGUCAGGUGAUGCGCUACUUCCUGAUGCCCAAGGAGGAGCGUGGUCUGUGCCGCAGGAUUGCUGAUGAUGAGGAGGAGCGAGAGCGAGAAGGACUGCCCCUGUUAAAUAUUUACAAAAAGGAUGGAGUGAUCUUCGUCACCCUUCGUGCCCUUCCCACCCUGGACAUGCACCAAAAACCCAUCACCUUUCGGAUUGUGAAGAGCGACUUGGCGGUUGCUUUGCGGCAGAUCAAGCGAGCACUAAAAGAUCAGGGCUUCCGCAAGUGCACUUGCCACAAAUCCUUAAUGCUGUGCACGUGUCGCGAUGCCCUGGAAAAGUUUGAGCUGAAUAAGGCCCUCAAAAGGGAGUGCCAGCGACGCAUCAUGGAACCCUGUCCCGAACACUUGGUGCUUACCGAUACUAGUGUCAGCGACUUGGAGUUGAAUCUCCAUGUGAAUCCGCCAGCGGCAGCUAGGAAACCAAAGGAGAAAGCCCUUCGGAACGUGGUAAAUCAUGGCACUCAGACUGAGAAGGGGAUACCAGCUAUAGAACCCAAGUACCCAGUGCCCGAUAGUCCCUUUUGGAGGGCCUUCGACUGUGCAGCCGGCGAUCGCUACAUGGGCACAGCCUUUGGAGACAAUAUAGAAACCGUUUUUGAGGACGGAAUUUAUGGCUACGGAGGUGGGGGUCAACAUGGAAGAGCCCCCGUUCGACGAGAUCCGAUUUGGGGGAAGCGAACUGGAGCACCUAUGCUUGGAACUGCUCCCGAUACCAUCGAUCCCUAUAGGUUCACUCGAACUGUGUGGAAGACACUUCCGAAAAAAAUUGUUCACCAAAUGCGCACCAAUCGCAAACUGUAAUCUUAUUAACAAUAA